CGAAGUGUCCCGAAAAAUUUUGGGUACUCCGAUACUUCUCUGACAUUGAUUGAUUAAGGUGUACUUCUUUGGAAGAUACCCCGCUUUGAUAUUGCAUCAUGACUGCGUGUUAAAGUAUACUACCUGUAAUAUUGGCAACGACAGUUUUGGCGGUAGGCCUUUCCUCGAUCAAUGUUGACGAAAUGUGGUAGACCUAUACCGCCUCACAUGGUGAAAGAUAUCCAUAGAAUCGACUCUUGUGUUCAAUUAUGGAUGGAAUAAAGUGUCAAAGGCAUCGUUAAGUGAAGACUGCUUUAAUAUGGCGUCUCUGGUGCUCGACCAGUACCUGAGAUGUCCAGUAUGUAUGGACUUCUUCGCCGACCCCCAUCGCCUGCCCUGUAGCCACUGCUUCUGUAAGCGGUGUCUGGAAGGGGUCCGCCAGCACUGUCUGUCGUUUAACUGUCCGGAAUGCAGACAGCUGGUCGUCCUGGACUACAGAGGUGUGGACGGACUGGAGAAGGACCGACGACUGGCCGCGAUGGUCGACGAGUUCGCCCACCAACAGCAGCAGUCACGUGUCUGCAAAGAACACAAACGGACCGUGGAGGGAUUCUGCGAGACAUGCGCAGUGCUCAUGUGCGGACGAUGCUUCUUUAGCGACCAGCAUUCGGGUCACACGAUGGGGGAUGUAGACGUUGUUGCCAAAAAGAAAAGGGAUGAAAUAUCCUCCGAGCUUGCUUUAGUCAAAGGAAAGGUCGACUCCAUCUUGAGCGACAGUGAGGUCACGGUGCAGAGUCAGUUGUGCGCAUUACAAGAACAAAUAACUACAGAGUUUGAACAAAUACGGGAACUUUUACGUCACAAAGAAGAGGCUUUACGACUGGAAGCCAUUAAACUGGCAGAGAAGGCCUGCCAUGGACACGAUAAAAUAGCCAAGGCUCAGGAAUUAAAGAUGAAAAUCACCGACCUCGAGGAAUCCAUCACAACGGACGGAGUCUCGUUCCUUCAGAAUAUGGCAGAGCUCAAAGAAAGAGUUAGGAUAGAGAAGAAGCUGGUCUCCUCUCUUGAUUCUGAAUAUACAGAUACCCGUAUAUGCCUCCCCACUCUUAAACACGGCGACACAGAACUGUUCCUUAUGUCCUUCAGGUUGGCUCCAGCGUCCGAUCCACGCCUGCGCAUCCGGAAGUCCAGUGACGGAAGUGAAGACCUCACAUUCAGACUUUCCACACAGCACUUGGAAAGCAGUAACUGCAAACACUCUGCGAAGCUCUCGUUUCACACAAACUUAGUGCUGGAAAAACAGAUGUCUCCAAGUCCUGCGGUUCACGCUGCGUCCUUUUUGUCAUCCGGGUAUCUUGUUCUUUUGGAUCUGAAUUCAACCCUUUUGUUGUUUAAUGAAGAUUACACUCUGCUUCACGAAUUGAGACUAGAAGACAAGGCGUUUGACGUCACAGCAUUGUCUGACCAUAUGCUUGCCGUGACCAUUGGUGCAGCUAAAAGAGUGGAGUUGAUAGAUGUCAAGGACGAAACGCUACAGUCGAACGGAAAGAUCGAGCUGGAUACCGAGUGCUUCCAUGUAUCUUGCAUUGACGACAAAAUUGUGACCGGAAACGGAAGUCUAGUCAGUUUCUUUAACGUGAAGGGCGCACGUUUGAAAACUAUCAUCAUGUCUGGAAUGAUACAGUCUCUGUACAUUUCCAAGUCUCACCGGAAGAUGUAUCUCAACAUCCGGUCAGAGUACGUUCUUUGUGCAGACAUGCGCGGGAAUCGGGAAUAUAAAUACAAGCAUGACGAUUUGCAGGAAAUAGGUGGCGUGACAGCGGACAACAGGUCACUGGCGUAUGCCUGUGGUUCCAAGUCCAAUAAUGUCCAUCAGAUUGGUCCCGACGGACGGUUGGUGCGAAUUAUUCUAUCGAAAGAAAACGGCCUGACGAAACCAAUUUCCGUGGGCUUUGACAGUACAUGCUCCAAAAUGUUUCUGAUUGAGAAAGACGACACGCUAAAAGAGGCGGUGAAAGUCUACAAUGUGAACUACUGAAACAGUAUUAUUUUACCUUGUGAUCCCAAGAGUUAUAUAUUAUUAUUUAUUUUCCCCUUUGAUUUUCUUUGUUUUUUGUUGGAAUCAAAUGUAUACAAUUGUUUUUACCCCAAGAGUAUUGUUUUAAUUGUUUAAGGAAUAUAAAUGAAUAAAAUUUUCCAAAAAAAGCAAUUGAAUAACUCAAUCAAAACUUUAGUUAUUCGGUCGUUUUAAAAUAUAAUGAAAAUGUUUAUAGGCAGUGUGAAAUGUAAUCUGCAAUUUUUUUUAUUUUAAAACAUAUCAUUUUUAGAACUUGUUUUCAAAUAAACAUGGUUUUGUUUC